AUGCAUUAUCUCAGCCUAGUGAAGAUCAAAGAGAAAAAGCGCUUAAUAGCAGGAUUGGGAGAUCUCAAACCUGUAGCAUACAUUGAUCACGAAGGAAAAGAACACAGCCUCCUAGCAGCUUCCAAAGUGAUAGACAGCUUAACAUCAUCACAGAAAAAAAAAGAGAGAAAAAGGAAAAACAGCCGUUAUUCCUUGCCAUUGCACCAAAAAAAAAAAAGAAAUAAUUUUGGUGAGGAAAUUGAAACCAAUCCAUCUCCUUCGAUACGCAAUGUUAUCUAUAGUAGGCUUCCUUCACUCGAUGCACACUACGAGAAAACUUCUACUACAAAAGGCAACUUUUCCCAGUGCUCUUUGCCUUAUAUCGAUACUAGGUAUCUCAAUGUGGAGCUAUGUUUGAUGAAUGCUGACAGAAGUCAAAAACUCGUGCUGGGUACCAAGACUAUGAAUGUUUUAAUUACAUCGUCUAUCCGUAUUGAUUGCGAUGAGAAAUCAAUUAUUGGACCUUCAAGCUCGAAUGGGUUUUUGCCAAGUAGAGAAACUCAAUAUUUAUUGAAAAAGCAAAAGUUGAAGAGAUUCAAAGAAUGA